CACAUGACCGUUCCCCAUCGCUGCUUCUCUCAUUUCUACAUGGUCGGAUUCGCCUUCAACCUUGCACUCCUCAUUCUCGCCCUCUCUGCUCCCUCGGAUGUAACCGCAUUCCUCAACACUGAACUUCGUAUAAGCUUCAGUGCUCUCAGCAGCAGCAGCGGUAACAGCAGCUAUAACAGCAGCAGCGAAAGCAUCGCUACAAGCACACCUGGCACCACCACCACACCCACCAGCAGCGUUCAAGCAUUGCAGCUUCUGCUGCACCGAGCACCUGUUCACUCGCUCCUCUUCCAUCUGCAUCUCGCCAGACGGCUAUGGGAGUCUACAACCCUCUCUGUCUCCCCAACAUCGUCUCACAUGCACGUCUCAGCCUACCUCCUCGGCCUCUGCUACUACAUAGCUGCUCCGCUCUCCUUCUUCCUUGCUGGCCAUCCAGUCACACCUUCUGAACCGUUCUCCACCACUGGUGCUGAUGUCAUAAGCAUAGCAUGCCAUAUUGUUGGAGCAGCAGUGUUCGCGUGGGGCAACCUGCACCAGCACCGCUGCCAUGCGAUUCUGACCAGUUUGAGGCAAGGGGGUAAGAAGGGCUACUUCAUCCCUCAAGGGGACUGGUUCACUCACGUCUCAUGCCCACACUACUUAGCAGAGAUUGUGAUAUACUUGGGUUUACUCCUAUCACUUGGAUCCAGGAUACUUGACUCAACAUUGCUGCUCAUGUUUGCGUGGGUG